GGCAGAGGAAUCGCUCUACAACUGGGGCAGUCUGGAGCGACAGUGUACAUCACUGGUAGAAAGCCAGAAAAGAGUCUUCAGAGUCAGUAUCGGAAUUUGCCGACAUUGCAGCAGACUGCUGAUGAUAUUCGACAUAGAGGUGGUAAAGCCAUACCGGUCUACUGCGACCAUACUGACCACAACGAGAUCGCUCAGUUGUUUGAGCAAAUUAAAAAGGAGACUAAUGGAACUCUCAAUGUGCUUGUGAAUGCUGCAUACGCCGGAGCCAAGGACAUGGCCGAUGCUGGCUCAAUCCCAUUUUUCGAAGCCGACCCUUUGCUUUGGGACUCUGUUAACAAUGUAGGAUUGAGGAACAACUACAUUUGCUGUGUGCACGCUGCGAGGAUGAUGGUAAAGAAACAAUCUGGCUUAAUCGUGAACAUUUCAUCCGCCGGCGGCUUGCAAUAUACAUUCAACGUUCCCUAUGGUGUGGGUAAAGCCGCGCUGGACCGAAUGUCUGCAGACAUGGCAGUUGAGUUGAAUCCACAUGGCGUUGCUGUGGUCUCUUUAUGGCCUGGUAUGGUACGGACAGAAUAUACUGAGGUGCUGAGAGAUGAGGGCAAGUUGGAAAAAAUGGUGCAACAAUCAAAGGAGGCUAUCGACAAAUCUUUCAAGCAGAGCGAAUCUCCUGAGUUCACUGGUAAAGCAGUCGUGGCUCUAGCGUCUGAUAAAAAAGUCAUCAAGAAAUCUGGGAAAAUCCUCAUGAAUUACGACCUAGCCUGUGAAUAUGGCUUCAAAGAUCUCGAUGGCAGUCUACCCAUGGACAUCCGUCGCGUUGCAACGGCUCUCGAAUUCUUUGGAUUCAAUUGGAUCGCCUCUAUGACGCCAUCUUUCUUUCGAAUUCCGCUCUGGGGAAUGCAUUUUGCCUCAUAUAAAUUUCCUUAUAAAAUCUGGUAA